CACUCCUUCCUCUCACGCACAUAACUUCACUGAGGACCGCGGCGGGGCUCACAAAGCGCCGAGCCGACCCUCCACAGAAGCCGCUGACCAGCUCCCCUCCCGCCCGGCCGAAGGAAAUGAAGAGGAGGCUCCACAAGAAAUACCUGGUGUUGAUCCUGGCAUAUUCAGGUCUGCUUCUGCUAAUCCCGUACGUGUUAGAUUACCGGGAUAAAUCUGUUGAACGCGCUAAACAUGGACUGCCGCAGCAACAGCCCCGGUGCCCGGACCUGGAGAACACGGUGGCGCUGCUGUGGGAUAACGGCUACAAACUCAACGGCAGCGACCCCCCGGAGCACAACCGGAGCCAGUCUCGGAUUCACGUCUACUUGCACGCCACAUGGAGGACUGGCUCGUCGUUUUUGGGGGAGUUGUUCAACCAGCACCCCGAUGUUUUCUACCUGUACGAGCCGAUGUGGCACAUAUGGCAGGCGCUGUACCCGGGGGAUGCCGCGAGCCUGCAGGGCGCAGUGCGGGACAUGAUGAACUCCCUGUACCGCUGCGACUUCUCCGUGCUCAAACUUUACGCCGGAUCCCAAAACAUCACCACCUCGUUCAUUUUCGGGUGGAAAAUGAACAAGGUGAUCUGCUCGGAGCCGCUGUGUGAUGCGCACAAGCGGCACGAAAUCGGUUUGGUGAAGGAGGACCAGUGCGCAAAGUGCCAAAAGCGCGACAUCAGGGAGCUGGAGAAGGAGUGCAAGAAGUACCCGGUGAUGGUGAUCAAAGGGGUGCGGGUUUUGGACCUGAGCACGCUGGUUCCGUUAAUGAAAGACCCGGCGAUAAACCUCCAGAUCAUCCAGCUCUUCAGAGACCCGAGGGCGGUGCACAACUCCCGGCUGAAGUCUAAGCAGGCGCUGGUGAAAGAGAGCAUCCAGGUGCUGAGGAGCAAGAAGCAGACCGAUAAGUAUAAGCGGCUCCUGGUGCCGAAUAACCGGGUGAACCGGGCGGAGAGUUACGUCUCCAGCGCCAUGGAGCUCAUCUGUGACAACUGGCUCAGCGACAUGAUGCUGGUGAUGAACGCGCCUCCCUGGGUGAGGAGAAACUACCUGCGCAUCCGCUAUGAAGACCUGGUCCUGCACCCCAUGGAGGAGCUUCAGAGGAUGUUUCGUUUCUCCAACCUCUCCAGCUACCCUGCUCUGGAUAAGUUUGCGCUCAACAUGACGCACGGACAGGGAUAUUCAUCGGACAGGCCGUUCCUGAUUUCAUCCAGGGACGCAAAAGAGGCGAUAUAUGCCUGGAGGGAGAGGCUCAAUGUGGAGCAGAUAAAUCAGGUGGAGGCGUACUGCAGCGAAGUCAUGAGGCAGCUGGGCUAUCAGAAAAACAGCGUGGAGAAAACAACAUGAGGCACAAUGAGGAUCCAAGGGUCAAAGGUGAGAGCACACAAGUGGAAGAAAAAACCUUUCCAAAAGUGCCACAUCCAACCUGUGAAAAUACUCUGUUACAAGCAGAAAUCAUGCAUGAAAAUGUUACCAAAGUAAACGUAAGAAUAAUUAGGAAAAUGUACUUAGAGUAUUAAAGGUAAAAGCACCCAAUGCAGAAAAAUCUCUAAACACACACACAACCAAAAAACUCAAAAUGUUGGAAAAAAGAAAGAGAA